AUGAAGUAUACCCGAGACUUCGAGUUGGGCUUUUGGCCCGGAGAGCCAGGCCAUGGCUACCCUGCGCCCCGGAUGCCCAAGAAGCCCCUCAGUGACGCCAGAACACCGCGCCAGAAGGAUGCAAGAAGCGUCGUCUUCGGCUCCUGUUCCUUUCAGUUUUCGUGUCGCAUAGCGCGAGUCAGAGUCGGGGUUCAAAACAAGAACUGUUCGCUGAGAAACAGCGGUCUAGGGAGACACCAAAAGCAACGGAUUGUUUUGCAGAAAGAAAGUUCGAUGGAUAAUCGCGAGAAUGGCACGGGCGUGAAGAGGUAUCCCGACGCGAUGAGUGGUGGGAACUGA